CAGUAGUUCUUUAUGUUGGAGAAAUUCAAACCCGAAUGACACAUAUUAUUUGCGAUUGGUUACGUGGCGAAAUUGACUACAAUGAAUCAAUUCCUGUGGAGAAAGCUUUUGCGAAUGGUUAUCUACUAGGAAAGCUGUUGUACAAGUAUGGAGCACAAAAGGAUUUCUUCCUAUUCAAGGAAUCUGACACAUUAGAUGUUAUCUUAGACAACUUUAUUCGCCUUGGGCCGACAAUGAAACAUCUGGGAAUAAAGUUUACCGCUCACGAUGCCAGAGACAUUAUUCAGGGAAAAACCCGAGCCAUAUUCACUCUACUGUACUCCUUAUACGUGUUGCUUCAUCAGGAGAAGUUCAGGAAAAAGGAGCCUGCUCAAGCUAUUCCUCAUUCUGGUUUGACUCUUUUGGAAGACAUUUAUUACAAACGGCAACUGAAAAAACUUGUACCACGUCAGGUUGAUGCAAGCUUAGCACAAGUGACUGCCCGGUUUGAGGCACAACGAGUUAGAAAUGAGCAGCAGCUGGAGUUUAAAAGGCUCGCUGCUGCCGUUCAACAAAAAGAAGCGAUACAAGCCAGGCGGAGAAAAGCGAUGGAGCGCAGUCGACAGAUUCGCUUAGCCCAGGCGGAAAUCAUGGCAAAUCUACAAGAAAGCAUUGAUGAGUUGUGUAAGAAACCUCCCCACCACGUUAAACGAGUCGAAAAGAAACAAUCCCAAUCCACAGCAGUCAUGGAGAGCUGGCAAGCAAUAAAAGAGAUACAAGAAUUUGAGCGCACUAUAAAGGAAAAUGCGAAAGUGGCGACUACUGGUGGGAGGCCAAGUUCCCAGUCCAAAACUACCGGGGACAGGGCACCUACUUAUGUGACACCAAGACAACACAAAGAUGGUGAAUUCGUGAAAAUCAAUCCGGAGGAAACGGAAGCUUACAUGGCACAGAUAAGUGAAAAAAUUCAACAAGAAAGAAGUGCCAUCAAAGCAAGACAGAAGCGUCAUCGGCAUAUAAUUAUCUCUGUUCUGGAGGAGCACCAGUUACAACAGGAGGAAAGGCGAUCUCAGCAGCUUGCAGAGUGUUUACUUAGACAGUCUCAGCUGGAGCGCCGUCUGCUGGUCCAACUGGAACAAGUCAAGCAGGAAAAAUUGGUCAUGAUAGCGAAUCGAAUGGAGCGCCAAAAAGAAUACGAAGCCAGGCGUGAAGCUGAAUUUCAGGCUGCAAUGGACCUUGAAAGGGAGAGAGGAUUACAGAAAAAACGAGAAGAGGCCGGAAUUUUAGCCGUGCUUCGUGAAAUAUGGGCGAACCACAAACUAAGAAAAAGAGAAGCAGCUUACAAACGUCACUACGAUUUUGUGGAGCGUGACGUUGUGUUACUGUUGAUCGCGUUUGCAAUAAAAUUGGCUGAAUUUCGAAUGUAUACAAGAAGGUUAGUUCCAGCAAAGUUGUUUCGGCAGUGGAAAAGGCAAUUCAUUGUGGGGACACCAUUUUGGACGGAGGAGACACACAAUGAACAACAAACUGAAGGGGACGCUAUGAUUCCAAAAUCAGUUGAGGCCACAAUGGACCACGAAGAGCUCGAUGAACUUGAAUUUACAGAUUAUCGGACUCUUUCAGGUGACUGGGACUUGACCAAGUUGGGUGUGAUUGAGACCAAACCUCUGCCGGACGAUCCAGUGAAUGGAAGCCAUGGGAACCCAAUAGAAUGGAAAGAUUCGGAAACGUUGUCCGCCGACUGCGCAUUUCCUUGCUUUGAUCCAAAGGAACCCGAAGAUCCGAACCCCGUGCUCCAAUGGGUGAUUCAACGACUCCACAAUAUGGUGUACCAGCGUCCGCCCACGCCUGCGGCACCAAGUCUCCCCGAAGCGGCAGUUCGCAUGGCCAUAGUAGGAAAACCUUUGAGUGGGAAGUCCACCGUUGCGGCUGAACUUGCAAGGAAUCAAAAUAUGACAGUCAUCGAUCCUCUGCAACUUAUACAAGUAGCUAUGGACGCAAUGGAAUCUGAUGACCUUGACACAAAUGAAAGAGAGGAUACAAAAGAAGAACACAAAAUAUCGGGGGUACAGGCUCUGGGUCGAAAGAUAAAAGAAGUUCUCCAGUCAGGGCAAAAGGUUACCGAUGAGCUGCUUUCAGUUUUGGUUUUCGAGCGUAUACGCACGCUUCCUGAUGGCACAAAUUGUGUACUUGAUGGCUUUCCAACGAACUCGAAGCAAGCGAGAUUGCUUCAACAGCUGCUGACGGUGGCAGAUGCAUUACCUCGGUUGACACAGUCGAUUUUCAAACUUGACCACAACUCGGAAGAAUCAGAAGGGUCAGAAUUAUCAACCUCAAGACGUGGAUUGGAUCUGAUUGUUUAUUUGGACAUACCUGAUGAUGAGGUUCUAAAGCGGGCAGCUCAAUUAUCAGUUGCUGAGAGGAACCCCAUAGAGGAAAUGGAGCAGCUUACUCCAGACGCAGAAACCAACGGCUUAUUAUCAGAGCGUUUAAUACUAGGCAAUGUGGAAGAGCGCCUGGAGCAUUCCCAUCUCUUCUUGUCGGAACUGCAACAAAUCUUCCCCACGGAUGUAUUACAUCAGCUACAAUCACCUUCGUUGUUUGUCGAAAAAGAUGCAGCCAGUGAGAACAGCUUGCCGUCAUUGUAUUCACUCGUGGAAACACUAGUGUUAGAAACAUUGGAUGCAUACGAAAAAGCUCGAGGUGGGUUGUUGGAUAUGAAUCCUCCACCAAGUGAUCAGCCAGACGAGGUUGAGACCACAGGAGAUAAUCUGCCAAAUCGUGAUGCCGGAGCUCUGUCCGCUUCGCCAAAGGAGCCUGAUAUUCCAACUACUGAACAACCGACGGAUAGCAUUGAAAGCACUGCAUUCGCUCCAGAAAGCUUACCGGCGCAAGAACCGGAAACGGCGCCUCAGCCCGGGUCUCCAUUGAAUUCGGAUAAGACGCCGACCAAGGGCAAACCUCAUGAUAUCAAGAGGACCGCAGUCGACAAAGAACGAUCCCCUAGCCAGAGGCCGCUGCUCACUGAGGACCGUAAACUGACAGGGAAGAAGCGAGAUGGUGUGUCAUCGCAUGAAAGUCACUCAGAGAGUAGACAGAAUCGUCGAACCGGAAGUCCAAAAACGAAACCUGGAAAAGGAUCAUGCAAGAAAAGUGUACUACCUAAAGCUGCACCAGAAGAAGUGGAGGCUGGUCCACCCUCACCGAAGCCUAGUGAUCAGGACUGGAUUUAUGUUGAUGCACCUCUCCUACAGGAUUGCGCCACUAUUCUAAUGCAGUUCUAUGAGAAUUCGUGUGCGACUUACAGGAAAAAUGUGAAAGCCGUCUUUGCAGAGGUCAGACAUGUCCGAUGGACAAUCGAGCCACAUCUUCACCAUGCAAGCAUACAAUUUCACAAUUAUCUCCAGAGACCAGACACAAAGCAACCCUAUGUUAGUCAAUUUCAAACGUCGUUCAACUCAUUUCUUGACGAAACACGGAUGGACCAUGAAAUCAAAUCCGAAUUGCACUGUCGUACAGAUGAUCUCAGGGACAGGUUGUACGAGAUAAUGGAUGAGGCAAAAUUAGCCAAUGAAGAGAAGGUGCAAGCUUUCAUAAACCCAUCUGAUUGGCUAACUGAUCGGCUUGGUCUAUUGGUUAACUGCUACGUCACGCUGAUGCAGUUGGAGUUGACCCAAUUUCAGAACCAUGUAUAUUUCCUGAGGGAUUACUACAGAACAAUGGAAGGACGACCUCAUACGUUUGAAGGCGAGCAUCUAUCAGUACUUGACGGCACCAUAGACUGCAAUGACGCUGAAUUUGGUCGAUUGCCUUUGCUUAAACUCACAGAACAAGCGGAUACAGCUUACGAUGCUGGUCAUAGCUCCAAGACAUCUUCUAGAAAUACGGGAUUAGGCCACUCCGGAGAUGGUGGAUCUCGAGGAGCUCCCAGCCGUGACAGAUCACGAACGACCUAUCUGUCCGAUUAUAGCAGUCCAGCGGGAUCUGAUGCCGUCGACGUGGUUCCAGAGUAUAAGACGCCCAUCAAACUGAUACACUUGAAAGCAAGCUUGAACGAAAUGUACGCCGCGAUGACAAAAAGUGGACCAGGAUCGACAAAGCAGAUAAACACCUCGAACUCUAACAGCUCGAAGUCAAAAGGCAAACAAGAGAAGACUCUAGCCAGCAACAAGACAGCGAGCGCAGAAAAACACCACACCCCUAAUCCCGCUGUUCUUUUGAUGGACCUGUGCACAACUCCGGGAGAACCAGAAGCUCAUUUUCUAUUCAAUAGCUAUCUGUGCGCCUUACAAUAUAUCAGGAACCAA